AACUCACCUGAAGGAACAUGUCAGCCUCCAAAUUCCGUAUCGCGCUGAUUCAGCUUGCAGUGACUGCAAACAAGGCUCAGAAUUUGCUGCGUGCUAAAGACAAGAUCAAAGAAGCUGUCUCUAACGGAGCGAAGAUUGUCGCACUGCCGGAAUGUUUCAAUUCACCUUAUGGCACUCAGUAUUUUGCCGAUUAUGCUGAGCAAAUUCCAGGGGAAUCCACAAACAUGCUAUCAUCUGUUGCUAAGGAGACAGGUUGUUACAUCAUAGGAGGGUCUAUCCCUGAAAGUGAUUCUGAUGGGAAGCUGUACAAUACUUCAACUUCUUUUGGACCUGAUGGUGCCAUGCUUGCCAAACACAGGAAGGUUCAUCUCUUUGAUAUUGAUGUUCCAGGAAAAAUUCGCUUUCAAGAAUCAGAAGUUUUGUGUGGUGGGAAACAGCUGACAAUGAUGGAUACAUCUCUCUGUAAAAUAGGAAUUGGAAUCUGUUAUGACAUCAGGUUUCCAGAGAUGGCUCAAGUUUACACACAGCAAGGGUGUAAACUGCUAUUUUAUCCUGGAGCAUUUAACAUGACCACAGGACCAGCUCAUUGGGAACCACUCAUUAGGGCAAGGGCGCUGGAUAAUCAGUUGUAUGUAGCAGCUGUGUCUCCAGCCAGAGAUGAAAAAGCAACAUAUGUUGCCUGGGGCCACAGUACAGUUGUCAAUCCAUGGGGUGAAGUGAUUGCCAAAGCAGACCAUACUGAGCAAAUCUUAUAUUCAGACAUAGAUGUUAACUAUCUUGAAGAAAUUAGAGCUCAGAUUCCUGUUCAGCAGCAAAAAAGAAGUGAUUUGUACAAAUUAGAAAUGUCAUCCUGAAGCUGAUCUUCAUUAAUGGUAGAAUAAUAGCAUACAAUCAGCGGUGGGGUAGAUGUUGGGAGCAGCGACUUCUUUAACCCUUUACAGUCUAACAUCAGUGUCAUAUUCUCCAUACAUUAACUAAGGUGCUGACAAGGAGAAUUUGUGUAACAGUCAAGAGUUUCUUUAGUUGGUGAUCAUUUCUUUUACUCUCAUGACAUCAGCGUGUGAUUCAGUGGUGAUAUUGUGAGGAGAAAUUAGAUGCUAGUCACUCUUAACAGUUAAAUGGUUAAUGCUUUAAAGGUCACCUCUGUCCCACAAUGGAUGCAAAAAACGUUAAUGGUGAAUUUGGUGGAAUUUUGCCAAUGGUUUUGGUGAAGGGUCUGCAGCCAGUUUCUUCAAAGUCCUAGUAACUUAAUGGGCUGGAAAUCAUUAAAACAAUAGAGAAGCAGUUUCUGGCACCGUAAUGAGUCCAGUUUGUUUCUUUGGCUAAUAGUUUUUUUUGUAUGUUUUCUAAACCUUUUAAACCCCCAUCUGGAAUUAAAAUCAGAACAGCUUUACAGGCCAGUAAGUUGCCAGGACCUUCAAGAAACAGACCCCAGGGCAUUAUGCUGGGGCAGUAUUUUUGAAAGCAAUGUGAAUAUAAUGUUAAACAAUUAAUAUUAAGGGAACUGAAUUUCCAAAAACAAUAUUGCUACAUAGGAAAAUAUAUGUCUGUAUUAUCUAUAUUUUGGAGAUAAUAGCUUAGAGAAAGUAAAAAAUAGAAUGGUGUUGAACCACAACCUGUUCUGAUAUAGCUAGGGUAAAAAAGAUAUGAAUAUAUAAUAAUGAAAUAUUUCUCUUGUUUUGCACUCUGUGCUCUCACCUAGCAGUCAUUCUAGCAGACUCUUUUUUUUUCACGAGUGUUUGGACAUACUUCUGAGAAAUUUUGCUGAAAUGUUAUCAGUGAGGAAGACAUCAUCAGCACUUAAAAGAAAAGUUUCAAGUUGUGUCCACGCCUGGUCAAACUAAGUGCUAACUCGACGAAGUUCAGCUUCAAAGCUUUUAUGAUCAAGGUUUUAAUUUUUAAAAGGAAUUCUAAUAA